UUCACAAGAGCCCCACUUCUUGUUUGUUUCAAUAAAUUCUCAUUAAGUUUGUCUAUCUAUUUUUACUUAUAUUUGGUACUAAAAAUGUUAUAAACUCAUAACUCAUCAAUUUGUAUAACACUCAAUUUACUACAAACAAACAUGGCGCUAGGGAAAAUCAACUUGCUCUUCAUUGUUAUCUUUUUCAGCUUCGCGGUCCAAGGCAUGGGGCAGUGCUCAGUGAAGGAUAUGAGCAUAAAUCAAAGCAAGGUGGAAUUAGUAAAGAAUAAUGAUACAGUUAUGGGGCGAGUUUGGAAUGUGACAAUCACGAAUAAUUGCUAUUGCUCUCAAUCAAAUGUUAAAAUUGCUUGUACGGGGAUUCGAACCUUGAAAGAAAAUGUGGAUCCCUCAAUUGUGAAGAUGGCAAAGGGUAAAGGAGUUGUGAAAAAUGGGGAUCCAAUUUAUCCAUAUACUUCAGUUGGAUUUACCUAUGCUUCUACUUUACCACUUCAGUUCAGGCUACUUUCUUCUCAAGUUUCUUGUUCUUAAAUCGACCGACCGACCUACCUAUGAUAGUAACAAUCCAUGUUAUGUUAUGUUAUGUUAUGUUAUGUACGUAGUAUAAUGUAUAUGUUGUUUUAGACAUGUAUCAUGUAUGUUGUUUUUGAGUUUCAAUUCUACUCAUGUUUGUUGUCAAUGAGGUAAUUCGAAUGUUCAUCAAUGAUUGAUA